UGACUUCCUACCGACGACCGCGAAGAAGCCGGUCCAAGAAUACACGUCGACAGCAGUAUAAAAGACAUCGCCAGGUCGCACAGCAGUCACCUUACCGUGUCGAAAGGCGGACGCACACUCCUGCAGGAAGGUCAUCUAGUUCCGCCAACAUGAAGCUGCUCUGUGCACUAGCCCUCGUCGCCCUUGGGCUUCCAUUCGGCAGCGCUUACUAUGGUGGAUUCUACGGCGGUCUCGGCGGCUGGGGUGGCUUCGGAGGUUUCGGUGGUGGUCUCGGUGCCAUCUUUGGCCCAGGAGCUUAUCCCGGUUUCUAUGGCCUUACCAGCCUGAACCUCUUGGGUGGCAGGUUUCAUCACAUGUUCGCGCGAUUCCCGCCACCUCACGGUCUUGGAGCUGCCGAGCGCAGGGGAACCCUGAGCCCACACCCUCUUGACAUCAACACGGUUCAAGACCCCGUAACUGGCCACCCCAUGGUACGCGUUGUCUACGGCGGCGUCGUGCGGGAGCGCGUCGUGCCUGUACCAGUCCCAAUUCCACAGGAUGUGCCUAUCCCAGUUCCCAUCCCAAUUCCUCAGCCAUACCCAGUCCCUAAGCCACGAGAAGUUCCAGUCCCAGUGCCUUCUCCUUUCCCCGUCCCAAUCCACAGUAACACAGAAGUGCACAAGACCGACGUCGUCGCUGAUGUCCCAGGAGGUCCAGUUCUGCUCGAGUCUGGUGUCACUGGCGUCAAACCAGGUACCCCAAGAGUCGCUGCCUAGGCUUGGUCUGUUAGAAAGUCAUAACAAUUUAGUCAAUCAGCUCCACGUAAAUUAUGCAUUACAAAUAAACAAAAGUUUGUCUGGCAGUAA